CCUCCUCCCGGGUCCGCGCGGACGAGGUCUCCUUACCUCAUUUGUCCUCGCCCCUCCCCGUCCCUCUACGCGUUUUGGUUCCUGGUUGGUGCUUCCUGGUCGCAGCCGCGGCAGUGAGGAAGCCGGUCAUCCCGUUAAACGCGGAGGUCCUGCCGCUCUGAGGGAGCCCGGCCUGUGAGGACCAGACGGUCCCAACUCCUGCCUCUGACAGAAAAAUUUAGGGAGCUGUGCCCCUUCCCCCAUGUAAAACAGGGAGACUCGGACUGUGUUCGCUAAGAUUUGCUUUAUCCCUCACUUCCCGUGAGCCCGCCGGUAACUUCCAACUUGAAGAGCUGCAGGUGCUGUGGGAGCGCCGGCCGGGGAUCCGCAGGCCUCUGCUCUAGUCGCCGCUCCACCGGCUCGCUGGGGACCCCAGAAAUCUCCUGUUGAGGCUGAGUCUACCUCUGUUUCAGAUCACAGGAGAUCUUAGGGCUCAGUGAAUAAAUUAAGCUUCUCAGAGCCUGUUUCCCAACGACAGCGUGCAGUUGAGGGAUUCAGGUCCCAUGCAAAGCUCUUGACUUUGUGUUUUUGAAUAGUUUGUCCGAUGCAAAGACUUCCAAGUGGGUGGGCUGUGUGUCUAUUCCGGACAGCGUCCCGCUUUGGAGACAGUUCAGGAUUGCUGUUUUCCAUAAUCAGAGGAGGGAGCGAACUCUGGAAGGGGUGAAGUGAAGAGGAUAAAGUGGCCACAAGGCUAAGGUGCCCUGCAGGAAAAGGAAGAAGGGGCUAAGAAAGCAUCAAGGUUACUGACUUUCCAUGAUGUUUGGUGGUUAUGAGACCAUAGAAGCGUAUGAGGAUGACCUUUAUCGUGAAGAGUCAUCUAGUGAACUGAGUGUUGAUAGUGAGGUGGAAUUUCAGCUCUACAGCCAAGUUCAUUAUGCCCAAGAUCUUGAAAAUAUCAUUAGAGAGGAAGAACAUGAAGAGAAGAACUCUGGGAAUUCUGAAUCACCCAGUAGUAAACCAAAUCAGAAGAACUUAAUUAUCCUUUCAGAUAGUGAGGUCAUCCAGCUGUCAGAUGGGUCAGAGGUCAUCACUUUGUCUGAUGAAGAUAGUAUUUACAGAUGCAAAAGAAAGAAUUUUAGAGUCCAAGCAAAAGAAAAGACCCAAAGUCCUCCUGCAUCUCUUCCUUCUAAUAAGUUGAGUGAUAAGAAAUGCAAGAGGAAUAUUGAGCGGCCUAAACCUGAAGAGAUGCCAGGUACAAUCCGAGAGGUCAUGAUUAUAGAGGUCAGUUCAAGUGAAGAGGAAGAGAGCACCAUUUCAGAAAGUGAUAAUGUGGAAAACUGGAUGCUGCUGGGAUGUGAAGUUGAUGAUAAAGAUGAUGAUAUCCUUCUCAAUCUUGUGGGAUGUGAAAACUCUGUAAAUGAAGGAGAAGAUGGUGUAAGUUGGUUCAUCAGUGACAAAGAUGCAGAGGCUCAGAUAGUUAAUAAUAGAUCGUCUGGAAGAUGGACCCACCGAUACUAUUCAGCCAACAAAAAUGUUACUUGUAGAAAUUGUGACAAAUGUGGCCAUUUAUCGAAAAACUGCCCCCUUCCACAAAAAGUCCGCCCCUGCUGUCUCUGCUCUGAGAGAGGACACCUCCAGUAUGCCUGCCCAGCCCGCUUUUGCUUAGGCUGUUCUUUGCCUAUGUCUUCCACUCACAGAUGUCUUGAAAGAUCAUCCUGGAGAAAGCGAUGUGACCGAUGUGAUAUGAUAGGCCAUUAUGCUGAUGCUUGCCCAGAAAUCUGGAGGCAGUAUCACCUAACGACCAAACCUGGACCACCCAAAAAGCCGAAGACCCCUUCUGGACAAUCAGCCUUAGUGUAUUGCUACAACUGUGGGCAAGAAGGCCAUUAUGGACACGAAUGUACAGAAAGACGAAUGUUUAACCAGACGUUUCCAACAUCUCCAUUCAUCUACUACUAUGAUGACAAAUAUGAAAUUCGAGAGAGAGAACAGAGAAUAAAACGAAAAGUGAAAGAACUCCAGAAGAAUGGAGAUUUCCCAAGGCAAUUCAAGAGACCUCACAUGGAAGCAGCAGAUAAGAGGCCCCACCAACACAGAAGGAAGAGCCAUGCCUCAUGUAGAAACAACAGGUGGCCUCAAGAAAAGAAAGAAACCCAAAAAGAAAUGAGCAGGAGCAAUAAAGAACGAGAGAAACACAGGAAGGCUGACAGGUGUCAUGAUUUGGAUGAGGACUUCCCCAGAGGCCCAAAACUCCACUCUUCUUCUGGCACUUUCAGAACCCAGAAGGCUCCUAAGUCCUUCCACCACUCAUCGCAUUCUCACAAGCCAAGAGAAGACAAGCUGCCCAGAGAGGGCAAACGGAGCAAGCAUAAGAAAAAGAGCCACUUGGAGGGUGAUGGCAAUGAUAAUUUGUUUCUUAUUAAGCAGAGGAAAAAAAAAUCCAGGUUGUGAGACAGCUUCUGAUCCAGCUUUCCAGUGUUUGGUCUUCAUGCCUAUAACAUCCCAGCAAAAUCUUUAUUAUCUGUGAUUAAAUAAAGUGCAUUUUUGGUUUUGUUUGUAAUCUCAGCCGUGCCUGGAACUGCUGAACAAAGAC